AUGAGUGAAACGAGUAGUGUUAGCCUUGAAAAAAUCUAUAAAGCUUACGAAGACAUAGAUGCAGCAGGAAAUGAUGAAGAAUCGCUUGCCAAAGUUAAAGGGUCGUAUGAAGCUUUAAUUGCUGCAGCACAUGCUGAAAGUAACUGCAAACGACUAGCAGCACAAUUCAUUCCACGUUUUUUUGGAAAGUUUCCAGACUUUCAUGAGACUGCAAUAGACGCUUUAUUUGAUCUAUGUGAGGAUCAAGAUUUGAAUGUUCGAUUGACUGUUAUAAAACAUUUGCCUAAUGUGGUAAAAGAAUCAAAGAAGUAUUCAUUAAGAAUAACUGACGCACUUGUACAAUUACUUCAAAAUGGCAGCUCACAAGAAUUAUUAGUGGUUAAAAAGGCUAUUGAACAAGUUAUUCGUAUAGAUCCACAAGCAUCAUUGCGAUUUAUAAUUCAACAAGCAAUUGUUGGUUCAACAGAAGUUAAAAAACAUACAAUUAAUUUUUUAUCAGUAGAUUUAAACAAAUUCAAAAAUGAAUUAUUUGAUCAACAUAAAGAUUUGGAACAAUUUUUGGCAGAUGAAAUACAAAAAGUUCUUCAUGAAGCUGAAUUCUUUGAAUUGGAAAUCUUUAUUAGCAUGUUAUCUUCUUUAAAGGUUUAUGAAAAUAACAAAAGUAAAUUGCAAGAUCUAUCAAAAUCAUUGAUAAAUGCAAUUGUAACUGAGAAAGAAACAUUUGAUCCUAAUGAUGAAAAUUUUUUUCAAAAAUUUGUAUUAUCUUGGUACCUUGUUGGAAGUCCUGGUGUGUUACCACAAAGUGACACAGAAGCAUAUUUAUGGGCCAAACGUGCGGCUGACAAAGGGUUGCCAAAAGCUGAAUAUGCCGUAGGAUAUUUCACUGAAGUUGGUAUUGGGGUUAAAAAAGAUCAACUAGAAGCUAAUAUUUGGUAUCGUCGUGCUGCUGAACAUGGUGAUAAAAAAGCUCAACAAAAAUUAAAGGGUAUACCGAUUGAUGAUAAUAAAAAGAAAAAAGAUGAUUGUGUGAUUUCUUGA